AUGUCGUCCAUAGGAUCCCUUCCACGCCCGGAAUCCCCUGCGCCCAACAACAGUUACUAUAACAUUGUCCAUUCCAGCAACUCCAACACCGCUACUACCUCCGACAGCCGCCACUCAUCCGAAUCAGAUCCGCCUUCAACCCCUCCUUCUCCUCCUCCACCCUCUCUACCAUCCCUUCGCCUCUCAUUCUCACCCCUCUUUGAAAUGAACGGAAACUCGGGCACAAGCCAAAUCAACACCUCAAGUGUCCGCGAGACCUCGCACCACUCCCACCCUCACCCUUCAUACAAGCACUCCAGUCUCAUAACACCCGCCCCAAAGCACUCUUCUGCCGCCCCAGGCCAGCUUCAGUACAGCGCCAGUCUCCGGAGCAUCAACAACGGUAAUGGCCUGACUAGGAGCGCCAGCACCAGUCCUGGAGGAGGUCAUGGCCACAACCACAACUACAACAACAACUACAGUCAACAUCACCACAACAACCAACACCAGCACCACCACCAUAAUAACCAGCUCACGUACCAACAACAACUGCAGCAGCCACAUCUGAACUACAGUAACGGGCUGUCAAGUAGCGCGCCUCUGCCUCGUAACCUCGUGCCUUUGUCCAGGCCGUCGUUUAGCGGCAACCGACCCACACCCCAGACACCAGGUGAGUCUGUCGUCUUUGCUCCGGAGGCAAAUGAAGAAAAAAACUGGUUUGGCUUGGCUUGCGCCAAGACACACGUCGUUGGUGUCAACAAGAAGAACAAGUAG